AUGUCUCUAACACAACGACCCCCCGUCACACAACAUGAACUCGCUCAAGCGGCGUCUCAAGUACACUAUGCGUUGUUGAAGAACCCGUCACCCCACUGCCCCAACAUCGCAACAUGGGCACCAUGGUUGGAGUUCGCCAUUGGUGAGGUCCGCAGGGCGUUCUACGAAGGACGCUUACGCUUCAAGAGCGUUCCGAGCAGAGCCCUCUACGCCUGCUACGAGAUGGAGAGGGGUUUCCACGACUCCUCGUACGUCCCCUGUCUCUGGGACAUCCGACAAUUCAGCAGCAACGCAGAGGCGGCGGAAGCAUACGGCUUCGACUUUGGUUUGGAGGCAAACGAUCAAGGCGAUGUCCCCGUCCUGGAGUGGAAGGACAUCGAGAAAAAGAGCUGGAUUGAAUGCAUUACACCGCGAACUACCGUCGCGUCCUCAUCGAAGGCUGCCGUGGCGUCCUCGUCCAAGGCUGCCGUGGCGUCCUCGUCCAAGGCUGCCGUGGCGUCCUCGUCCAAGGCUGCCGUGGCGUCCUCGUCCAAGGCUGCCGUGGCGUCCUCGUCCAAGGCUGCCGUGGCGUCCUCGUCCAAGGCUGCCGUCACCUCCUCGUCCACAGUGAUUCCUCCAGCCGACCGCCUUUCGAAACCACCAGCCGACCGCCUUUCGAAACCGCCAGCCGAAUCGCGAUCGGCGAUCUCCGCUCGAAAGGCAUUGACUGGCGACGAAUCCAUGGACGCGGAAGAUAUUAUAGUUGAUCCUGAACCCCCGUGUGAAAAACAAGCACGUCCCACGAGCGAUCGUAGCAGCGAGCCUACGCCCCAAAAGCGACGAAGGAGAAAGACGAAAAAGCGGAAGCAUCGGGAGGCGCCUGCGAACACCUCAGAGGAAUCUACGAACGGCGCCUCUUCCCCGGAGAUGUCAGAUGUUGACCAGCGGCAGACGCGGUCGAAGGCGUCCGCCACUGGUAAGGGAAGUCUGGGCACCGCUGGCGAGGCGUCCGACGAUCCUGCAAAACGUUCGAACACCUCAGAGCCAUACGUUCCACCUGAAGAUUUCUUUCCUCCAUUCAACCCCCCACCAGGAUUCUAUCCGUGCGCACGGGCACCACGGCCGACGGACAAGGACCCCUAUGACUGGCGAUGCAGGAACUGCCGAGAGGCCGACGUCGACUGCAUCUUCUUCCCCGUGAGUGGGGGGAAUUGCCAUCGAUGCAAAGGGGGCUCGGUCGGGUGCGAUCUCUCCAAGUUCUCGCCUAGUAAGAAGGGUUUCGCUCCAGGCUACGGCGCCUAUAAGGCCGCCGUGCAAUGGGCGAAUCCGCACAUUUACCCUAACCCCAUUCCCGUAUCGACGGUGUGGGCUAUGAUAGGGAACACAACAUUAGUUCCGACUUGGUUCAAGGAGUGGUGGCGCGAACAUCACAAGCAUUCCGAGGAAGCUCUGGCGAUAAAGAGACAGAAGGUCGCGGCGAACCCGGACGCGUACUCACUCCACAGAGACGAUAUGGAACCUGUCCAAAACCUUCCCGAUGAGGUUUACAUAAGGAAAAACUAUCCAUACAAUUCGCGGGCGCCCCCACCUCCCAUCAGCGCAGAAAACCCUGAUCCACAAGAGGAUGCGGAUGGCGAAGGCCUUGUGGCCGCCAAGCCACCGGCGAAGAAGCGUCGGCAUGCUGCAGGUGUUGCAGCGCGCCCUCAACCGACACCCGAGUCACUGGCUCCGCAUAAUCAGGCACCGCCGCCUCCUGGUCGAGAUUUUCGCAACGUUCCGCCAACGCAUGUUGCUCCCACAGAUCCGGUGGAGGAGCUCCGCAGCCUUGCCGGGAUUGCGCCAUCCAACCACGCGGAUUUUGUUUCCCGUGGGGAUUACAACAUCCUCCUCAACCGCCUCGAGGACCAGGCUGCGAGGACGCGAGAGCUCGAGCUCAAAGUCGCUGAGAUGCGUGGCCAGCUGGACGGGAUCCUCUUCUCGCACGGCGGUGGAUUUCAGGCGGCUGGAUCUAUGUUUUCACGCUCGCCGUUCGCACCAUCAGGGGCAGCUCGCCCGUUCAGUGGGAUCCAGCAGACACUCCUCAAUCUCGGCCGCGCCAUCACCUUCGGGCUCUGCGCUGCCACUGCCGCCGUCCAGGUCGAGCGCGGCAUCGCGAUCGACAUCCGUAGCGUCUUCAUUCGGAUUCCAAAGCGAGGAGGGCGCCUCGAGAUCUUCGACCGGCUGCAAGGACGGCCCACAAAGGGGGCUGAGAUUGAUUGUCCCGAAGCGCUCGACGUGAAGAUAUUCGAAGACUGCAUCCACGCGGUUGACUCUAUAGAAGAGGCGAUCCACAACAAAUAUUCGAUGGAAUGGACGAUAGCAGAACACAUCAACGUCCUGCCCAAGGGCCAUGGAGUAGUGAGAGACUCGGAGCAAGCGCGUCUGCAGCGCGAGUUUCCAGUCCCUGCGGUGACGGAUUGCGGGAUUCCCCAUGCAAUCCACAGCGGCGCCGUGAUUGUCGACGCCGAUCAGGUUCCACUUGUCUGGGCACUCCCCGAUCUGUUGUCAGCAGCCCGUCAUGAUGACCUGUUUGAUGCCACCAAAAAGCUUAAAACGUUUCUUGACAAGCCCACAAUGCAGACGUCUUCCUGGCGUAAAUUCAAGGGGUUCUUCAAUUCGAACGCAGACGGAGGUUGCGGCAUCUUUGGGAUAGUUCCGCAGAUGAAGGACGUGUUCACCGGUGAAGUUCGCGAGUCGCGAGACUUCUAUGAGGCCGAAGUCCAAGGCUGGUUGCAAACGAUCACUCGAAUUGGCGCAAUAUUGGAUGCCGUCUUACGUAUUCUCGUCCCCAGCCAGCAUAAGCAAGUGGGCGAGUAUCUCCAGGCGAACUUACCAGAGGGAAUUCCUUGGCCAGUCACAGGGAUCGCCCUGCAGAUGAUCUUCAACCGAAAAACUCCCUACCAUCGCGAUGUGAAUAGCUUCCGCCAUUGGUACGAUCUCCUCGUCACCCUUGGAAAUUACGGACACGGCGCAUAUAUCGGACUUCGAAGUCUCGGGUACUCCGUUCCGUACAGGCCGGGCACUGGGGUGCUGGUCUUGGCCAACGUUGUGGAACAUGGCGUUCCCGAGGUCGAGGGUACGAGAAUCGCUAUCUCUUGGUACAACCGUCGAGACAUGGUUGGUAUUUGGGGUGAUGAGGACGAUGUUGUGGCGCCAUCGGAGACAGUCCAAAACUUAGUUAUGCGGAUUCUUCGCGAAACCGCAGUGCAUUCGUUGUAA